CAUUGAGACAUGUGAACAGAUCUUUUUUCUAUUGGCUAUUCUUCAACAGAUAAGAAGCAUCAUAUCAAAGAAACUGGGGCCUUUUGAGCAGGUAAAAAACAUGGAUGAAUCACAAGCAACUUCCUAAUAUAUAUGAAUGCAAAUGAAGUUUUGCAUUAUUUAACUUUUAAUCAAGGGAAUGGUCCAAGGGUGCAUCACUGGAAUAAGCUCGAGACCACAAGUGUCAUAUAUCCUCUAAUCUUUACUCUCUCAGCUUCAUAGUAUGGUGUCUAUCAGAAGCUACGCCUUUCUACUUAAAAGGUUUCAGCCAUGGCUGUGCUGAAUUUGCAACGAGUUGCAGACUAGUAUGAUUGAAACAUUGGAAGCAGUGGAGAUAGAGAAACAGAAACAUCACAGCACUAGAAUGGAAGCCCUUGCACGUUUGGCUAGACUUGAGGUUACAAACGGUGAGCUUGCAAAGUCACUUGCCAGGGAACAAUGGAAUCUGGAAGUUCAAGUAGAUCAAGUGGCGCAGCUUCGAGAGGAAGUUGAAUUGAAGAAACUUGCUCAAGAUAAAUACAGAAGAAAGCUAACAAAGAUACAAAAGACAAGUGCCCCUCCGGUUGAUGAAAUAGAAUCUUUGAGAAGGUUCAAGCUGGAGGAAGAAAUUAUUGAUGCAGAAUACACUCUGACAUGUGACAGAAUUGUGAGCUUGAAGGACAAGGUAGGUUUUCCCGUGUAUGACUGACCUCAUGUAUUGAUU